AAAUUCAUUCGAUGUACCCUCUCUUAGAUGUCCUACAUUACGACAUCCAUCAACCGCGCAUGGACAUUUCUUACAGGAGCUUCAAGGAAUCUGAAUCCCAACGCUUGAAUAAUGGCAUGCUCGGUUCGGAAAUGGUGUUUGGUUGGAGAAAAGCGUUUUGCACUUCUGUUUCAAGUAAUCAAGAUAAACCUCAACAACAAUCAUCAUUACACACUACUGAUCCUCCAAUUCCCACCCCAAGAUUCCGAUCAAAGUUUGGUUUUUUAUCCAACCCUUCUACUCCUCGUCUCCGAUCUCGCGGCGGAAGCCGUGGUGGUGGCACUGGAUGCCGCUCCUCCGCUUCCACAUCAGUCACUAUCCCAUCUCUUCCAACUAGUCCCAAACUCCAUUGCAGGACUACGAGCAAUGCCACUCCAAGGACUAGUAACAGCUCAAGUCCCAAGUUUUUCUCUAACCCUUCUUCUCCUAAAUCAUCUUCUUCUUCUUCCUCUCAAGGCGGCGGCGGUGUCUCUCUCCUCCGUGCCACGCUUCUUCUCAACAAGAGUAAUAGUAGCAGAUGUGGGAUUUGUUUGCAGAGAGUGAAUUCAAAUCAAAGCAAUUUAACGACGACGGUUUUCACGGCGGAGUGUUCACAUUCGUUUCACCUCUCUUGCGUCAAUGGAUUAGAAGACAAACGUUGUCCGUUUUGCUCCGCCGCAUGGAAUCACGCGCCAAAGUCGAAUUAUAACUUCGGAUCCGACCCGAAUAGACGACCCGAGAUCCGAGAGAUCAAAACGGGGAAGUCACUGAGAGUGUACAACGACGAUGAGCCGUUAGCUUAUUCGCCGGUUUCUCUUGCUCAGAUCAAUACUAUACAUGAAUCCGACGAAAACGACGACGUUGAAGAUGACGAUGACUUCCCCGGAUUCUUCCGAGAUUCUUCGAUAACGUCUGAUCUGGUUCCUUCAAUCUCCGGGAAUCUGGAGGUUAAGUUGCUGCCGGAAUCUGCCGUUGUGGAAACCGGGAAAAAGAAGGAGACACACGUCGUCGUGAUGAAACUGAAAGCGUCUCCGUCGCCGUCGUCGAUCACAGAUGCGAUUAAGGCGCGACGACCAUCGAUAGAUCUGGUAACGGUUCUCGAUUUAAGCAACGGCGGAGCUAAUUUGCAAACGGUUAAGCACGCGAUGAGAUCGGUGAUCUCUCUUCUCCGAGAGAUGGAUCGGUUAUCUAUUGUCGUUUUCUCGACGGGAUCCAAACGGUUAAUGCCGUUACGACGGAUGACGGCGAAAGGAAGACGAUCGGCGAGGCGGAUGGUCGACGCGCUUGUCGGAAUGGAAACCACCGGCGGAGUUGGAAUGAGCGUUAACGACGCGUUGAAGAAAGCGGUUAAAGUCGUUGAAGAUCGGCGGGAGAAGAAUCCAUCGGCGAGCAUUUUCGUUUUAUCGGACGGUCAGGAUCAACCGGAGGCGGUUUUGAAAGCUAAACUAAACUCCACGCGCGUUCCUUUCGUCGUGUCCACCACGCGAUUCUCUCGUCCGGAGAUACCGGUUCAUUCGGUUUACAUAGCUUCUCCUGGAGCGUUGCUUCACGCGCCGCUACGAGACGCGUUCACCGAAAGAAUCGCUUCGUUGCUUAACGUGACACUCCAUGACGUGAAGCUAAAUCUCGGUUUGGUCAACGGAUCUCCUUUGACUGAGAUUUCAUCGGUUUACUCUUUAACCGGUCGACCCGAGAAUUUUGGAUCCGGUUCGGUUGUUGUGGUCGGAGAUUUGUUUGCGGAGGAGGAGAGAGAGUUUCUCGUUGAGCUCAAAGUGCCGACUUCGUCGAGCGGGUCACACCAAGUCAUGUCCGUACAGUCUUCGAUCGUUGACCCAAUGACACAUCAGCCAAUGACGUGUCCUAAAGAAAAACGAUUUUUGAUCCCACGGCCACAAUCCGUCAGAUAUGUAUCUUCAAGCAUCGAACGGCUGAGAAAUUUACACUCCAUGUGCCGCGCUGUAGCGGAUUCACGCCGGCUUAUUGAGCGUGAAGAUUUAUCUGGAGCUUAUCAGGUUCUAACGACGGCUCGGUCCAAUGCGUCUCAUUCGGAUGAUAGUUUAAGGAGUUUAGAGGUUGAGUUAACCGAACUUAGCCGGAUUAAACCGAGAAAUGGUUUAGUAAACCGAGCUGAUGAGAAACCGGAGCAGCUUACACCGACUUCGGCUUGGAGAGCCGCCGAGAAAUUAGCUAAAGUAGCUAUCAUGAGGAAGCAUUUAAACCGGGUCAGCGAUAUGCACGGCUUGGAAAACGCCAGAUUUUAAGUCUUUAUUUUUUUCUUUUUCUAAAAUUCGAUUUCAAUGAUUUUUGAAUAUAUAAUGGUACAUAAUUUCAUAAAAGGAUAAUCAAUAAUUUAGUAAGGU